GAUGAUCUCAAAGAUACAUACCUUAGGAAAUUCUCCAUCACUCCAGAAGGUGGACAUGUUCACCUGAAGGAAGUUGGAGUAUUCCUAUUAGUGCCUCCGCAAGCUCUGGCUGAAACUACAGAAAUGUUCAUUGGUAUUAGUUGGAGAGAAGAAGACAUGCCACCGCUGCCACCAUGUCAGACUAGAGCAAGUCCAGUUGUUGUCUGCGGACCACAUGGCCUGACGUUCAGAACACCAGUAUACCUGUCAUUUUAUCACUGCAUAUCAGGCACACGCCAAAGAAAGAUGGGGAAGAUCUAUCCUGAAAGUCUGACACAGAGUUCAAGAAUGGAUAAUCCAUUUUACAUAUGGCAGUCAGAAACUCACUUAAAUGACCCUUGUCAGUGGAAAGUAUUGAGCAGUGAUUCUGUUGUGUUGACAAACACCAAAUGUGUCUUAAUUGUGAACCAGUUCUGCAAACACAGUUUGUCAUGUGACAGUAAGCGUCUUUCUGCCUUGGUGUUUGGGUCAUUUCAGCCUCGACCUGCCCCCUUGCUGAAACUGAUGGUGUGCUGUGUCAAUGACACCAGAGAUGAGGUAGAGAUUGUGAGAACUUAUGCUAAGGAAUCACUCCUCAUGGAGAUGUUAGAUCUGGCAAAGAAGUUUCAAUUCUUAACUUGUGAGUACAGUGAGAGUGAAGAUAAGGAGUCCUAUGAUGUCAGCCUUUUGUUGGACGAGUUUGAGACAGAGUGGAAGUUGCAUACAGAUUCUCAGGAAAAGGUAAUAAAGUAUGUGAAACUGCUGAAAAGUGACACAGAGCAUGUAACGUAUGCCCUGAGCCCAAAAAUGGCAGACAGACUUGAUGUGUUUGUCUGCAAGAUACACAUAAAGCAGAAACUCAAACAGGGGCAGUGGAGAUCCAAGGUGAAGAAUGAGUUUGCCCCCCCUAUGGACUUAUACAAUUUUGAUAGUUAUUCUGGUGGUCCAGAAAGCCUAAGAUCUGCUCCACAAUGGAGUUCACACCCAUUGCCAGGAGGUGAUCUGCAGAGGCAUGGUGGCAACCACUUUCAGUGGAGACCAAACCAGCAGUAUUACCAGCAAGACCCAUACCAACAAAAUCAGCCUAGGUUUCAAUCUGACUUUGACAGCCAGCAGUAUGACUUACAAUCUCAAACAUCAAGGAAGGUGGUUGUUGUCCAGGGACAAAAGGAGCAGAAUGAGCAAACUUCACAAUUGGAGUUUAGCAACCAAUGUUGUGUCAAUGACACCCCAGAUAAAGUUGAGGUUAUAGCUGAAAACUGUUAA